AUUAAACGUUUUACAUAAAAUCGUUAUAGCCAUUCGUUAUGUCGGAAUUCGCUGCAAAUUUGACUCAAUACAAGUCUCAACUAAAGCAGGUUGAAGCUGCUUUAGCUGCGGAGCCAAACAAUGACGAGUUGUUGAAGUUGAAGGCUAAUCUUGAGGAAGUGAUGAAGUUGACGCAGGAUUUAGUGCAACUCAAUACAGCGGCGGGGGUCACUCCCGGUUCUAGUCAAGUUGUCCCUGACGCAAUUAGUAGCACAAUGAUGUCGAGUUCAGCUAGCAAUAGCACACACAUAACAACUAGUGGGCAAUGGAGUGUUGGUUCACGAUGUCAGGCUGUUUGGAGUGUAGAUGGACAAUAUUACAAUGCAACUAUCGUCUCUAUUUCUUCUAAUGGAUUGACUUGCACGGUGGCAUUUGAGAGAUACGACCACAACGAAGUCGUACAAUUAUCUUCAUUGCGACGGCAAACAGCAGACGGCUCAAGAAAACGCCAUGCAGAUGAAGCAAUAAAACAGCAACGUCCUUCAAAGUCGAGGGCUAAACGAGAAGCAGAGAAAGAAUAUAAGAGAAAAAAGGCACUGAAGAAAGCUCAACGAAUAAAGGAAAUAGAAGAUGAACGAGAGAAGGAGAAAAGUCGAUGGAAACAGUUCACUACGAAAGCUGGAAGACAGAAAGGCACGUCGUUAAGCAGCAAGCAGAACAUUCAGAAGAAGAGCAUCUUUGCGUCUCCUGACACAGUCAAUGGCAGAGUCGGUGUCGGCACGUGUGGAGUCGGAGGCAAAGAAAUGACACAAUUCUCACAACCAGAGUCAUACCGAAGAGAAGCACAACUUUGAAACUUAAUCAAUACAAAUGCUUUCUUUUAAUUUUAUCGUAGUCAUCCCAGUGUAUGUAUCACUAUGAAAUAUAUACAAAUGCAUGUAACCACAUUAAUUAAGUUAAUUAAUUAAUAUACAUUGUACAUUGCA